AUGCGCGUUCAUGCAAGAAACAAACUCGAUUUCAUCUUUUCAGUCGUGUCGCUGUCUAUUUCCAUCGGGACUCUCAUCUGUCUGGCCAUUGUUUUCGCCGGAUGUACGUCCUCUUCGUCACCGAGUAAUCUCUAUUUCAUGAAGGUCAAUCUGACAGAGUUCCCUAAGCUCGGGAAUCUCGACCUUCGUCGGUCGGUGAAUGUCAUAAGAUCCGAUAUCUCUGAUAUUUCAGGCACAGUCACGAGUGAGGCCACCAAGGUGGGGGAGAGUGCAGCAGAUGGUGUCACUCAAGCAAGCGCAACUGUGCAGGCGGCAGUGGGCCAAGUGAGCAGUAAAGUGGAAUCUAUCUCCAAUGAACUCAAAGUGAAGCUCCCGGGGUACUAUUCUGUUGGGCUCUGGGGUUACUGCCAAGGAGAAAAGGGUGGUGCCCAUUAUUCAAAUUGCUCGAAGCCCAGCACUUCAUUUUCGUUCGACCUUGUGGAUAUCUUCCGUUCGGCCGCACCAGAGAUGGACAACGUGCUUCCUAGUGAAGGCAACAAAAUCCUUUCUGGAUACCAUAAUCUCGCAAAGUGGUCUAUAUCAACUUACAUGGUCGGCUUUAUUGCAACAGCUUCUGCGUUCGUAUUGGGCAGCAUGACAAUACUCUGUUCGCUGGGGGGCAAGUGGUGCCAGAUACUGCUCGUUCUCUUGUCUACGGUGGCAACUAUCUGUAUAAUUGCUGCAUCCGGGUUGAUCACAGGAAUAUACCUACCGACCACCGGGGCUGUGCAAACUGUCCUUGGGAGUUUGGGCGCGCACGCCAGCAUUGGAGCACGCAUGUUCACGGCCACAUGGCUGGCAGUAGGCUUCUCCGUUCUGACCUGGCUGGCAUGGUUGAUCAUCUUAGUGUGCUGUUGUAUUUGA